AUGUUCGAUUCCUGCAAGAGCAGAACAAGGAGGCGACCAAAGCGCUCGACCGAGUGGAGGAGGAGCGCGAUGAAGCCUUCGCGGCCAUCGCGCAGUGGGAGGAGCGGCGCCAGCAUAUCCAGCAGGAGUACCAAAAGCUCCAGCAGGAGCUGGCAGACACGGAGGAGAAGUGCAACAUCUCUGCUGCUGAGAUCCACAAGCGCGACGAGCAGAUCCGGGUCCUCUCCGAGCAGAACCGCUCCCUCCUGGAUAUGCUCGAGGAGGAGGAGCGGACCGUCAAGGAGCGGCAAACACAGGCACAAGAGCUCAUGA